CGGAGCCGGAGGCUGCUAGACGUGGAGGUGAAGGAGACCGUGGCGAUAAAGGAAGAGCGGGCCCUGAAGGCUGCAAAGGAGGAAGCGCUCAAACAGGAACUGAAGGCGGUAGUCCGGGAAUUCUAUUGUGAUAUUUGCGGCAAGCAGUACGCAGGCGUGAGCGAUUUCGCCGUGCAUUUGAGCGGUUACGAGCACGGGCAUACGAAGCGUUUGAAGGAAGCGAAAGAAGCCAACAGAGCUCGCACGGCGGCUAAGGCAGGGAACCAGGCCAAGCAGGACCAGGCGCGGCAUCUGAAACAGAUGCAACGCCGCAUGGCCGCCGCCGGCGUAAAGACGGGUAAUGCCGCCACCAAAGCCGCUGUCCCGGUCCCUCAUCC